AAAUUGAGUUUUCGAGAGGUACUUUAUUUAUCCACAAACAAAAUUAUCUAAACCUCCCAAGAACCCCAACUCUUCUCAUCUUCUCCUUCUCAAAGGACAUAACACAAACAGAACACCUGCAAAAAUCUUACAUAAUUCUCGUCAACACUAUGGCUUCUUCACUCUCUCUAGACUUAGCCACUACCUUCUUAUCCUUCACUUCUCGCCGCCAAACCCCACUCUCCAGAGUUCCUACCACUGUUCUCCCUCUACUACUAAAACCCAAACAAAAAUUAUAUCUCAAACCCACGCCGCUCUCUCUCUCUAGAAUUGUUUUUUCUAAACCUCUCCGCCGCAGGUUCUCCGUCUCUGCCGCUUCCUCCUCCGCCACUGCCGCCCCUCAGAGUGAGGAUUCCGAUUUGGCUACUAAUAUUCCUCCUGAUAAUCGAAUUCCUGCUACUAUUAUUACAGGGUUUUUGGGGUCUGGCAAGACAACGUUACUUAAUCAUAUAUUGACUGCGGACCAUGGGAAGCGAAUAGCAGUGAUUGAGAAUGAGUAUGGUGAAGUCGACAUUGAUGGUUCUUUAGUUGCUGCAAAAACCACCGGAGCCGAGGACAUUAUUAUGUUGAACAAUGGUUGUCUGUGUUGUACAGUAAGGGGUGAUCUUGUGAGGAUGAUUGGUGAAUUGGUUGAUAAAAAGAGGGGGAACUUCGACCACAUUGUUAUAGAGACUACAGGGCUUGCAAAUCCAGCACCGAUCAUUCAGACUUUUUAUGCUGAGGAUACGAUUUUUAAUGAUGUCAAGUUGGAUGGUGUUGUAACCUUAGUUGAUGCUAAACAUGCCACUUUGCAUCUGGAUGAGGUAAAGCCAAAGGGAGUGGUCAAUGAGGCUGUGGAGCAAAUUGCUUAUGCUGACAGAAUUAUUUUAAAUAAGACUGAUCUCGUUGGUGAGAAAGAAAUUGCUUCUUUGGUGCAGCGGAUUGGGAACAUCAACCGCAUGGCUCAUUUGAAGCAAACACAAUUUGGAAAAGUUGACUUGGGUUACGUCCUUGGUAUUGGAGGGUUUGAUUUAGAGAGAAUUGAUAGUGCUGUAGAUGCAGAGGCUGGAAAGGAAGAUCAUGCCAGCCAUCAUGAUCACGAGCGCCACGACCACGGCCAUGAUCACGAGCACCAUGAUCACGACCACGACCAUCAUGAACAUCAUGAUGAUCACCAUUCGCACGAUCAUACUCAUGAUCCCGGUGUUUCUUCAGUCAGCAUAGUAUGUGAAGGGAUUUUAGAUUUAGAGAAGGCCAACAUGUGGCUUGGUAAUUUAUUGAUGGACCAAAGUGACGACAUAUACCGUAUGAAAGGUCUUUUAUGUGUUCAAGGCAUGGAUGAGAGAUUUGUGUUUCAGGGUGUUCACGACAUAUUCCAAGGUUCACCAGAUCGGUUGUGGGGCGAAGAUGAACCCAGAAUAAACAAGAUUGUAUUCAUAGGGAAGAACUUGGAUAAAGAAGAAAUUGAAAAGGGUUUCAAAGCCUGCUUGCUGUGAUUGCUAACUCAAAGUCCAAUUAUUGUAUCUCAUUACUUUGAUAAAGUGAUAACUGAUGUAUGUUAAAAUUGAUGAUAAUAUUUAUAAAUGAUUUGUACACACUCAGAAUAAAAACUAUAGUUCAUAAUAAUCAUUGUGUAUAAGCAGUCAAUUGAUGUGCUUCAAUCAUGUCA